CUCUUACCACCAUCAUCGCUGCAAUAAUCGAAUCCAUUCCAUAUCCUUUGAAAAUAACAGAUGCCUCAAGAAGUUCUGACAGGCGGGUACUAUCGAUACACAGAUAUCUGGUUCGACUGGGCGGAGAACAAUACAACAGAUCGUCCGCGAUUAAAAGCGAUGUUGGCCCAUGAUUCCUUGGUGAGCCCCGAUCAUCCACUGCACAUCGAAGGCGUGGAGGGCGUACAGCUGUACAUGGGACAGCUUCAUAAUGGGGAGUCACGUAUUCUGUUCUCCUCAAAACAAGUCGAUUAUGUGCGCUACUGGCUUCACGCCAUGAAGCUCACGGAAAAUAUGGUUCCCCUUCCAUAUUCCAACUGCCUUCUUACCAAGGCUGAUCUCAAGACCGUCUCCCCCGUAAUUUACAAAACUGGAGGCGAUCUCAAAUUAGCCUGCACGAAUAUGACCAAGUUUAACAAGCGUCUCAAGGGCUCAAACCCUCUCUUGAUGUCCAGGCGCCUUGCCUUUGAACGUGUUCGCUCCUUCUGGGCGGAGAAAAAGGGUGUUUGGUGUGCAAUGGAUUUUGAAGGAUGGGAGAGAGAACACGCUAUGAUAACAGAAUUUGGGUGGAGCGUUGUUCGAUGGGAUAAAGGUGUAGAAGUGGCGGAUCACGGCCAUCUCAAGGUGAAGGAAGCCCUGAAUUACAGGAAUGGUGUAUACGUGGCUGAUAACCGUAUGAAUUACGACUUUGGUGAAAGCCAGGUUAUCUCCAAAAGAGAGCUCCCCAAGUUCAUUGAGAAGAUGAUUCAAGAUUUAGCGGAGUACGGUGCCAUCUUCUUGGUCUUCCAUGAUAACUCCCAAGACAUCAAGUACCUUCGACAGAUCGAAGCCCCGAUAGAGGGUUACUCUCACAUACUGCCAGAUGCCGUCCCUGAAACUGGCGUCUAUGUGGUUGAUACUGCAGACCUUUUUGGUGGUUUAUUGGGUGAAGACUCGCCCGGAAAUAAGCGUGGUCUUGAACAGAUGUGCCACCACCUCCUGGUCCCCACCCAACAUCUCCACAAUGCAGGAAACGAUGCCUAUUACACUCUUACUGCAUUAAAGUCAAUGGCAACAGAAGGUCCUCUUGAUGCUCAAAGAGAGAAGAGGUGGCCAAACCACACUGGUCCUCGCGGAGGCGUGAAAGUCGAGUUUACUGCAGAAGAGGAGGACAGCGACUCCGAUUUCUACUAAGGUUUGACAACUGAAUCCGUAUCUUGACAAAUAUCUUUGUAUUUUACCCGUUGUAUGUAAGUAACCAUGUACCAGUUCAAUUGUUUUUUGGAAUUACCAGCGUCGCGUCGCAGACUACUGGAUGCAAGAUCCGAAAUAAAUUAAUCCUCCUUGGUAUCUUUACCGC